GUUAUUUGCAUUGUGGGGAUUGGGGGCAUGGGGAAGACCGCUCUGGCUCAACUCAUCUACAACGACCCAUUGGUUGAGUAAAAUUUCGGGUUGAGAUUGUGGGUGUGUGUGUCUGAUGUGUUUGAUAUCAAGGAAAUUACCGAGAAGAUUCUCAGAUCUGCAACCAAUUCAGAAACCCCAAAGUUAGAGAUGGACCAGCUACAGAGCAGGUUGAGGGCAGAGAUGGGUGAUAAGAAGUACUUGCUGGUUUUGGACGAUGUGUGGAAUGAGAAUCGCGAGAAAUGGGUAAAGAUCGAUGAGGGCUCUUUUGAAAACUGGCAGGAGUGGGAGUAAGAUCUUGAUAACUACUCGGCAGAGUACGACGGCUAGAAUAAUGUGCACGGUUCCUCCUCAUGACUUGCGAGGCCUAUCAAAAGAGAAGUCGUGGGAGUUGUUUGAAAGGGUGGCAUUUGUGCCCGGACAGAUUACACACCUCGCUGAUAUGGGAAAGGAUAUUGUUGAGAAGUGCGCCAACGUUCCAUUGACCAUAAGAGUUUUGGGAAGCAUUCUUUAUGGUAAAGAUGAAAGCAAGUGGUUGUCAAUUAAAAACAAAAGUCUUGGAAAAAUGUCCGAGAACGGGGACAUUAUGAGCAUUCUCAAGCUUAGCUACUAUCAUCUCGAAUCUCCUUUGAAGAAUUGCUUUGCUUAUUGCGCUCUGUUCCCCAAAGACUCCGUCUUCAACAAGGAUAUGUUAAAGGGUCUUUGGAUGGCCGAGGGAUUCAUUAUUGCUCAGCCAGAUGAAAGCCAGAGCCUUGAAGAGCUCGGCGAGGAGUAUUUUCUCACUCUGUUGCAAAGGGGAUUCUUCCAAGAUGCCAAAAUGGACGAAUGGGGACUCUGCAUCGAGAGUUGCAAGAUGCACGACUUGAUGCACGAUCUUGCUCAGGAAGUGGCCGGGGCCAAGUGUAAGGUCUUGAAAGCCGAUGAGAGUUGCCACCAGAACAAAAUUCAUCACUUGUCUUUUGCUUACCAGUUGAACUUUCAAAGGAAUAUCCCUGCAGCAGUGCUAGGUUUGGAGCAUCUGAGGACGUUGCUAUUGCCACAACAACUAAGCGACGGGUCGUCGACUUUUAGAAAACCGAUGCUCAAAGAAAUCACAUCAAGCUUAACUAAGCUGAGGGUGUUGGAUUUGCAUGGCCUUGGAUUGAUCAAUCUACCUAGUUCAAUAGGCAAGUUGAUCCACUUAAGGUACCUCGAUCUCUCCUCGAAUCCUAUUCGUGUCCUCCCCGAUUCAAUCACAGAACUCCACAGCUUGCAAAUGCUAAAUCUGAACCGUUGUAAGAGGCUUACAUCAUUACCUACAAAUAUCAAAAGACUUGUCAAUUUAAGAAGUCUUGAUAUUGGUGAAUGUUAUCCCGUGUUUCGUCACAUGCCUCUAGGAAUAGGCGAAUUGACUUCUCUCCGUAACUUGCCACUUUUCAUAGUGACUAAGCGUGUCGGUAGUGCUAGACGAAGUGAUCUAAAGAAGCUCAAUAGCUUGAGAGGAAAGUUGCACAUAGUUUUUGAUGGCGACUCGGAGACUACGAUGCUAGAAGCAAGAGAGGGGGACUUGACCUGCAAACAUGGUGUGAAUGAGUUGGAGAUAACUUUUACCAUGGUUUUCUCUGAUUUUAAUGAUCAUGGUGAGGUGGUUGACUCUGAUUCUAAUGACCAUGAUGAUGUGGUGCUGGAAGGCCUAAAGCCACAUCCCAAUUUAAGGAAGCUAAAGAUAUCACAUUACAAGGGCGGGAAGCUCCCGAAUUGGGCAAUGAAGGAGAGCCUGGUUCUCACUCUUUCAAAACUAGUUGAAAUUGAACUUUACGAAUGGAACAACUGCCAAAUCCCCGUGUUUAGCCAACUGCCUCUUUUGAAGCGCCUUUCACUUACACGAUUGCUGUCUGUGGAGACGAUGAUAGACGGAGACCAUUCAUCAUCAUCAUCAUCAACAUUGUUCUUCCCAUCUCUUGAAACACUCAAGCUGCAUGUGAUGCAUUGUUUGAAAGGAUGGUGGAAGGGAGCUGGCGGGUUAUCGUUUCCCAAGUUAUCAAAAUUAGAUUUACAUUGGUGUAAGAACCUAACAUCGCUGCCAUCGUGUCCUAGUGUGGAGGAAGUGCAUCUGUCACACACACUUGACAAUUUCUCAAUACUCAACAUUGUAACAGCUUCGUCGCGGUUGACUUCACUGACGGUCAACAUCGCGGAAGAUCUUUUACGCAUCCCGACACAGUGUCUGCUUCAGCUCUCUCGGCUCUGUAUAAAGGAUUCCUCACUAGUUUCCACUGACAAAUUCGGAGACUUGUUUGCAACUUUAUCUUCUUCUCCCCAAUCUUUGUCAUUCCACUCUUGCGACAACUUGAGAUCCCUCCCUAAAGGCUUGGAACAUCUUGCUGCAUUGGAGAGGUUUGCAGUUCUUGCCUGUGACCAGGUUGAUCUAGAAUGCAAAGACAAAGACGAACGUUGCACAAUUCCUAGUGACAUGCCAUGGAAGGCCUUCAAAACCAGUCUUCGUUCCCUAAAACUAUUUGGUCUUUCGCAGCUAGCGCGUCUGCCUGGAGCGCUUCGACACCUGACGAAUCUUCGUUCUCUCGAGAUAUCGUUCACUGAUUUGAGGGAAUUGCCCGAAUGGAUACGUUGUUUCUCCUACCUUGAAACUCUGGAAUUGGUUUGCUGCGAUAAAUUGACUUGUCUGCCUGAAAGCAUCCGUGACCUCAAUAUCGCCCUGUGCUCAAAAAAAUUGAUCAAAAGAUGCCGAGGCCCAAACGGCAGCGACUGGCCUAAGAUUCAGCAUAUCCCUCGUGUUAUUCUUGAGGAUUAUGACUCAGUGGUGUAAUACAUUUGUCAAAGCACAAUUCUUUCCACCCCCUUUUUAAAGUUUGUAAUACUUUGUGUGUUCUUCCAAAGAACACACACUUUGUGUUAUCCUUUCACAUUUUGCUCUUUUGGUACUGAAUUAAACUGAAGUACUGAGU